CGUCCAUCACCUGCACCGAUCAGGCGGCGGGCAGCGGCCGGCGGCAGAGGGCAUCAUCUGCGGGGUACAGAGCGGGAAACGGACGGCGUCAUCUGCUGUUCUAAGUUCUGCAGUGAAAGAUGGACAGAAGUUGGAUAAAAGCUAGGAAAUUUUCCGAAGAAUACAUCAAUGGAGUGAAAGAGUUCAUGAAUUUCGUUCGUGAAACCUAUGCCGAGGAUGCUCAAAUUCUUUGCCCGUGCCGCAAAUGUCUCAAUCGUAAACACGGACCUCAAGGGAAAGUGGAGGAUCAUAUUCUUAUUUAUGGGAUGUUUAGCACAUAUGAUAGGUGGAUUCAUCAUGGAGAACCAUUAAAUGUUGAAGCUGAUGGAGAUGCACAACAUGUGGAUGGAGCUACUGAUAUUGUGGUAGAUGUUGCUGAAAAGGAUGUUCGUUUGGAGGAGGAGGAUCUAUAUGAAGAUGAUAGAAUUCAUGACAUGAUACAGGAUCUGUAUGGAUCGGAGGACACGGGUAGACAGCAGUCAAAGUUUGCAAAAGUGAUAGAAGAGGCAAAGUGCUCACUUUACGAAGGGUCUGAAACUUCAAGAUUUUCAUUUGUCGUGAAGUUAAUCCACAUCAAGUCUUUCUAUCGGAUCUCCAAUGUUGCAUUUAAUGCAAUACUCGCGUUGUUGGCCAAGUCAUUCCCGAAGUGCUCUAUUCCUCAAUCUUAUGAUGAAGCACUGAAAUUUAUCCGUGCAUUGGGGCUAGGCUAUGAUUCAAUCCAUGUGUGCCCAAAUAAUUGUGUCCUUUUCAGAAAACAAUAUGCCAACCAUGACGAAUGUCCGGUAUGUGGUGCAUCGAGAUGGAAGGACUCAGAUGGGAAAAAACAGAUUCCGAUGAAAGUAUUGAGACAUUUCCCAUUGAUCCCGAGGUUUCAGCGGAUGUAUUGUUCGAAGAAGUCAUCAGAAGAGGUACAAUGGCACAAGCUGAAAAAGAAACCCGUGGAAAAUGAAAUAAGUCAUCCAGUUGACAAUGAAGCAUGGAAAGACUUUGAUAAAAAACAUAGAGAUUUUGCUGAAGAUGCACGGAACCAGAGAAUUGGCAUUGGUCAGAUGGGUUUAAUCCGUUUGGAAUAAUGAGUGCUUCCUAUAGCAUGUGGCCUGUAUUUGUGAUGCCUUAUAACCUGCCACCAUGGGCAUGUAUGGAUCAGUGCAACCUCAUAAUGGCCUUACUUAUACCCAGUCCAAAUUCUCCAGGGAAGGAUUUUGAUUUGUUCUUGGAGCCUCCGGUCGAAGAGUUGCUUGAGCUUUGGAAGGGUGUAAGUACCUAUGAUGCCUUAAGUGAAAAAAAAUUAAUCUACGUGCAGCAGUCCUAUGGUGCAUCCAUGAUUAUCCAGGAUUGAGCACUCUGUCAGGAAGAGUCAUGAGUGGCUACUAUGCGUGUCUGCACUAUGACAAAGAUCCCUGCUCACAGAGGAUAAGGAACAAGAUAUGUUAUAUUGGACAUCGUCGUUUUCUUCCUCGAGCGCACCGCUGGCGAAGAAGCAAAGAUUUCAAUGGUAAGAGUGAAAACCGUGACAAGCCAGAGGAAUUCAGUACAGAAGAGUUGCUGCUGCAAUUGGAGAAUGUCAAAGAUGUAAGACCAGGAAACCAUCCUCAAAACAAGAAAAGGAAGUGUAAAGAUGCUGGUCAAUGCUGGAAACGGAGGGUUUGUUUGUGGGACCUGCCAUACUAGAUAGAUUUGAAACUGAGGCAUAAUCUUGAUGUAAUGCACAUCGAGAAAAACAUAUGUGACAACCUGCUUGGGACAUUUCUAAACAUUGAUGGUAAGAUAAAGGAUACGACUAAUGCUAGGCUUGAUUCGAAAGACAUUGGCAUAAGACCAGAUUUACACCUCGACCGUGAUGAGGAUGGAAAUCUAGUUGGUUUUCCAGAAGCAUGGUACACAAUGACAAAAGAACAGAAGCUUGCAUUCUGUGAAUUUAUAAGACAAGUUAGAUUUCCAGAUGGGUAUGCUGCUAACUUAGCAAAAUGUGUUAGUCCCGAUGAAUGCAAGCUUCAAUCACUGAAAACACAUGAUUGCUAUAUCCUCCUCCAAAGACUUAUACAAGUUGGUAUUCGUGGAAUCAUGGAUAAGGAGAUAUAUGAAGCUGUCGCUGAUUUGGGAAAAAAAAUUAGAGAGCUGUGUUGCAAAACUUUAAAGCUAGAUGUUUUAGAAAGACUUAAGGAAGAAAUCCUAGUUAUUCUUUGCAAACUCGAGAAAAUUUUUCCUCCAGCUUUCUUUGAUGUCAUGGUGCAUCUAGCCGUUCAUUUACCGGAUGAGGCAAUUCUUAGAGGCCCGGUGCAGUACGGAUGGAUGUAUCCAAUUGAGAGAAGGCUACUUACUUGUAAGCGUUAUGUGAGGAACAUGGCCAGACCUGAAGGAUCGAUUGCAGAAGAAUAGGCGCCACCAUCUCAAGAAGAAGCAUUUUGACAAUGUACCGGCCAAUCUAGUGAGUGUCAAAUCUCCUGAUAAGAAUGUGACAGAUGCGGAGUGGCAAAGGCUGGUCAAGAUGUGGUCUACCCCAAGGCACAAGGAAACCUGUUAGUCGAACAAGGAGAACCGUUCCAAAGUUAAGUUCCAUCAGAAAACUGGUUCUCGCCCGUACAUUUCCCGUGCGCAUGCUUUGAAAGAGGCUCGUAAGGGUGAAGAGUUCACUGCGUUUGAUCUAUUCAAGGAGUGCCACAAUGGCAAGAAGACUGGUUUCUCUGAGCUAGUUAAGAAGGCGAUAGCUAACAUGGAAAAAGCUAUGGAACAAGGGGUACCAGAAGGUGGAGAACCAAAGAAUGUUGCUGUUGUUGUUGCUGACAUUCUCACUAAAGAAUGUCCCUCCAGCACAUUCCUUC